AAGUUUCGCAAGCAAGAGAGGCUGGUGUGACAGGCGAGGAGGACUGCCUUGUCCUGAGCUACUAAUCUCACGAUCUACAAGAAACUAUUCCCAACACGCGUCUCAAACGCCAAACAGUGGAAGACGGCAAGCAAUGAAUGGUGGCUUGAUUCGAGGGUCGGUCCAGCCCACGUGUCCAAACACAAGCAGCCAUUUUUGUCAGCUCCCAAGCUCUUGGCUCCUCUUGUCUCUAUAUAUUGAACCAUCUCCCCGCCAUGAAUAGUUGAAUUGAACCUUGAAAGAGGAGACCCAAAGAGAGAAUAUGGCCAUCAGAACCACUUGUCGCCUCAAUCUCUCGCCUCCAGGCUCUGGCUCAACCCCCCCUUCUUCCUCUACAAAGAACUCCCAGGUUGCCUGGUUCAAGAACGAAAAGUGGAGGAAUCGAUGUGUACUGGGCGCGGCGUGCAUGAUAAUUGGACUUGAAAUGGGUGGUGGUUUAGUGGGUGGUGAGGAUCUCGCCAUGGCUAGGGAGAUGCAGGUGGCCGUGGAAUCAAAAGAAAACUUGAAGGGGCCAAGGUGGAGUGACAAGAGAAUGUGCCCUCCUUGGAGUCGGAAUUCGCUAGAGACUAUUGUGCCCGAGAACCUUCCAAGGCCAUCGGCUCAUAGGAGGCGGGAGGAGGUUGGCUUUUCCCAGAACAAUGCUCCGGCCGUCAAAGUGAUUGUGAUCAAAAGAAGCAACGGUUGCUUCUCCAUGUAAAACAUACACAAUUUCAUUUUUCAUAGCAUACAUGUAUUUUGUUAAGAAGUUUAGGAAAAGGAUCGUAUAUGUAUACAAUAUGAUUAGUAAACAUUGUUGAAAUACAUCAAUAAGAUUUACCAAUUAGCUUCAAGUGA